CAGCAGCGUAGGUGCAGCAGCAGGUAGGUAUGAUGGCAACCAGGAUACAGGCCAGGUGCAGAUGCAGGAACGUAGGUGCAGCAGCAGGUAGGUAUGGCGGUAACCAGGAUACAGGCCAGGUGCAGAUACAGGAAUGUAGGUGCAGCAGCAGGUAGGUAUGGUGCAGAUACAGGAACAUAGGUGCAGCAGUGUCAGACAAGCCGAGUCAGGAUCAAUCGGGCAGAUCAGGUACAAGGGAGCAGGCAAGCAGAUAGUCAGGGAUAAGCCAGGUCAUUGCAGGUGGAGUUCUUUCUUAGUCAGGGUCAGAUCAGAUACAGGCAACAGAAUCAGGUUAUGAAGCACAGGACGUU